CGCUCGGUGUUCUGCACUCGGAUUUCUACGCAAUGGACGCCUCAUUCGUGCAAGGCCUCCACGCGCUGCUCGCGCAACUGACCACCGCAGAUACCGUCAAGCUCAAGGCAGCUACCGCCCAACUUAACAAGGACUACUACAAAAACCCGGCAUGCAUACCAGCACUAUCUAGCAUACUUGCAAGUGCUCCGGAAGAGAGUGUGCGUCAACUCGCCGCUGUCGAACUUCGCAAGCGCGUAUCACAAAAAAGUGGCGAGCUCUGGAUUAAUGUCCCUCAGGCUGAGCGUGAAGAAAUUAAACGACGCCUACCCGAAAUCACAUUGCAGGAGCCCAGCAAGUUAGCUCGGCAUGCGGAGGCACGCGUCAUUGCCGCUAUCGCCGGCAUUGAGUUACCAGUGCAACAAUGGAACGACCUUCUCCCUCUCAUAAAUCGGUGCUGCACAUCUUCACGGGUGCAGGAACGUGAACUCGGCACGUUCCUUCUCUUCACCAUCCUCGAGAAUAUUGUCGAAGGCUUCAGUGAUCACAUUACAGAACUCUUCGUUCUAUUGCAGCAACUUCUUCAAGACCCAGAAAGUGCUGAAGUUCGCGUUACUGCUGUUAGAUCACUCGGCGUCCUGGCUCAGUACAUUGGAGCAGAAGAAAAGAACGAGAUUCGCGCUUUCCAGCAGCUCCUGCCGACUAUGAUUACGGUGUUGCAGAAUUGUCUUGAAGCAGCGGACGAAACAAGCUCACGUCAUUUGUUCGAUGUAUUCGAGACACUCCUAAUCCUUGAAGUUCCGCUAUUGAGCAAGCAUAUCCCUCAGCUGGUCCAAUUCUUCCUGCAAUGCGGUGCAAAUCGCUCAUAUGAUGACGAACUGCGCAUCAUGGCCCUGAAUGCUUUGUCAUGGACCGUUAAAUACAAAAAGACGAAAGUGCAAGCUGCUGGUCUUGCACCCGCUAUCCUAGAAGGACUCAUGCCCAUUACUGCUGAACCAGAGCCGGAGGAUGUCGAUGAUGACGCACCUUCUCGUUCCGCCCUUCGUAUCAUUGAUACGUUAGCUACUUCUCUCCCUCCUGCCCAGGUCUUCCCCGCCCUCCGCCAGCUUAUCACCCAAUACAUGUCCCAGGCCGACGCAAAUGCACGUCGUGGUGCUCUUCUUGCACUUGGUGUUGCUGUCGAGGGUGUUUCGGAAUUCAUGAGCCCACAUGUGGAAAGUUCGAUCUGGCCGAUUAUCGACGCUGGACUAGCAGAUCCCGAUCCGGGUGUCCGUCGUGCAGCAUGCACUGCUGUUGGUUGCAUCUGUGAAUGGCUCGAAGACGUUGCUAGCGCACGACAUGCCGCGUUGGUUCCUGUACUCAUGCAUCUCGUAGCAGAUCCUGCAACACAGCGUACUGCUUGCACUGCUCUCGACGCACUGCUUGAGAUCCUUGGCGAUACUAUUGGGACAUAUCUGCAGUUGCUCAUGGAGACGCUUUCCGGGUUGCUCGAUACUGCGCCACUGAAAGUAAAGGCAGUUGUCACAGGCGCAAUUGGAAGUGCCGCACAUGCAAGUCGGCAGGCUUUCCUUCCGUACUUCCCGAGUACUAUGCAACGCCUCAGUCCUUUCCUUCAGCUCAGCGGCGAAGGUGAAGAAUCCGAACUUCGUGGAAUUGCAAUGGAUGCUGUUGGUACAUUCGCCGAAGCUGUCGGAGUAGAUGCGUUCCGUCCUUAUUUCCCCGAUAUGAUGGCACAGGCGUUUGCUGCCGUACAGUCUGAUAAUGCUCGACUUCGGGAAUGCAGCUUCCUCUUCUUUGGAGUGAUGAGCCGAGUCUUUAGCGAGGAGUUUGCACCAUACCUUCCGCAAGUUGUACCAGCUCUGAUCAAUUCACUUGGCCAAGCCGAGCAUGGCGAGACUGAAAUAUUGAACUCGUCUGAAGCCUCGGAGCUCUUCACUACCGGCUCUUCUUCUGCGACUGCCGUUUCAGGAGAUAAAACCGCGGACGGCGUUGAUGUUGAUGACGCAGAAUCCUUGGAUGCCGAGAAGAUGCUCGAGGUCAACAGUGCAAUCGCAGUUGAGAAGGAAAUUGCUGCAGAUACGCUGGGGACCGUCUUUGCAUCAACGGGACGUCAUUUCCUGCCAUAUGUCGAGCAGUCCGCGCUCGAACUCGUCGGAUUGUUGCCACAUUAUUACGAGGGUAUUCGGAAGAGCGCGACGGAGUCAUUGCUUGAAAUCUUGAAGACGUUUUAUACUCUUAGCGAUCCUGCUGAUUGGCAGCCUGGUGUGCAAGUCAAGGUUCCGUUGCACUCAAAUGUCAAAGAUUUGAUCAACCACGUUCUUCCACCCUUGCUUGACAUGUAUGAGACGGAGGAUGAUAAGGGCGUCGCUUCUGCGCUAUGUGUUGGUCUGAGUGAGGCUCUAAAUACUAUCGGCCCCGCGUUCCUGGAAGACCGUCUGGAUGACGUUUGUGCAAUUGCGAUUCAAAUUCUUGAGCAAAAGGCACUUUGUCAGCAAGAUCCUGAUCAAGAAGAGGAUGACGAACCGCUCGAGGACCAAGCGGAGUACGAUUCUGUGUUGAUCUCCUCUGCGGGUGACCUUGUUGCGGCGCUCGCCAAUACCCUUGGCGCAGAUUUCGCCCAAGCAUUCCAGACUUUCUUCCCGCUUAUAUCGAAGUUCUAUAAGAAAGGGCGUUCCCUAAGCGACCGUUCGUCGUCUAUUGGGACACUUGCAGAAAUCAUUUCAGGAAUGAAAGACUCCAUUACGCCUUCGACAGAGGCUCUGUUCAACCUCUUCUAUCAAGCACUUCAGGAUGAAGAAGCGGAGGUCUACAGUAAUGCUGCCUUCGGUAUUGGGCUUGUCGUCGAGUACAGUGGACAGGAUCUUUCACCCCAAUUUGGUCUGCUUCUUUCUACCAUUCGACCGCUCUUCGAGGUCCCUCCUGAUGCUCCGACGUCGAAAUUCACGGCUCGGGACAAUGCUGCUGGUGCAGUUGCGCGUCUUAUCGUGCGCAAUACCACUGCAGUCCCGCUUGAACACGUGUUACCAGUGCUCUUCGGUGCUCUUCCACUCCGGAACGAUUAUCUCGAAAACAGACCUGUUUUCCGUGCUAUAUUCCACCUGUUCCGCACGCAACCGUCUGUCCUCGGCCCUUACGUCGAUCAGCUGUUACCUGUGUUUGCUCAUGUGCUGGAUCCUAGUGCCGCGGACCAAUUGGGAGACGAAACUCGUGCGGAGUUGCUUCAUCUCGUAAGUGCGCUUAAAGCGGAGAACCCGGCAAAGAUACAGGCGGCGGGAUUGGCAGCGUAUGUUUAAAAGUGUGAAGAAAUAUGCCUGUUUGUUUUAGAAUUGGUGUAAAGUAAAAGUUAAUCGUUGUGCUCGUUUCAUUUUGUUUUUCCGUUAUACCUUCCUUCCCUUUACACAGGUUCUUUGUUGUCCCUCCCCAAUUCGCACAGCCCCAUUUCUCUCCUCCCCCACUGUUGUCGUGACUCCUGUGCAUUAUAAAUGUCUUGUAUCUCAACGCCAUAAAGCUUGCGAUCUUUCUUUCACGCCUUCGCCUUUC